UAUGUCAUUAGUUUGUGCAGAGUUUUAAUAAAAAGUUUAACUUGUUCACUUAAAGAAAAUAAAAUAAUAAUGAAAUUAUAUUAUUAUUUAAUGGCGGUAUAUAUCGCCUGUCAAUUCUCCUGGAUCAAAGCCGAUAAAAUGGUGUGUUACUAUGACAUUUAUAUGGCAAACAUAAAAGGACCUAAUAAGUUUAACGUCAAGGAUAUGGAAACUGCUUUACAAUUCUGUUCUUAUGUUAUUUAUAGUGACAUUAAUAUUAUGCCCAAAACAUUUGCACUUAAACCUCUAACACAUCUACAACAAGAACAAUUUCUUAGUGUGCGUAAACUUAAAACUAAAUUUCCAAAUGUUAAAUUCCUGCUAAGUGUUAGUGGUGAAAAAAAUAUGUCAGAUUCUGAAAAAUAUUUGAAAUUGUUAGAAGCCGAUCAUAAGGCUCAGAAUACAUUUGUCUCUUCAACUCUUCAGUUAUUGCGUAAAUAUCAAUUUGAUGGUUUAAGUUUGGAUCUUCCACUACCAACUGAAGAGCCCAAACAAGUUCAUCCAUAUUAUGCUCAAAUCUGGUUUGGUAUCAAGAACUUUUUUACCUCCAACUCAGCGGAGGAUGUAAAAACAGCUGAGCAUAAAAAAGAAUUAACAGAUUUGAUCCAACAACUGAGUGGUGCUUUGAAAGAGCACAAUUUGAUUUUGAGUUUAACUGUUUUGCCGAAUGUCAGAUCAAAGUCCUAUUUCGAUGUUAAAACCAUUUCCAAGAACUUAGACUUUAUUAUUAUCUCUGCCUUUGAUUUCUACACACCUCUACGCAAUCCCGAAGAAGCCGACUAUGCAGCACCCAUUUAUGCUCCCAUUAAAAUAGGCAAUCGUUUACCUCUAGCCAAUGUCGAUCAGUUAGUAGAAGAGUGGUUAAAGACUCUAGAAAUACCACCGCAAAAACUUAUAAUUGGUAUACCAGCUUAUGGACACGCUUGGAAAAUGGGUAAUAAUACUAAAACUACUGGACUUCCACCGGUGCCAUUAACUCAAGGACCUGCUUGGACUGCAGCCAAAACUCGUAUACCCGGUUUAUUACCAUAUCCUGAGAUAUGUACACAAUUAACGAAAUCAUCGAUUAAAACAACAACUUCUGGUAAUGCCUUAACGUCUAUAGUCGAUCCAACUAAGAAAUAUGGUAAUUAUGCUUAUCGUGCAACUGAUGAAAAAGGUAAUGCUGGUAUAUGGAUUAGUUAUGAAGAUCCUUCGACGGCAGCUGCCAAGGCUGAAUAUGCUAAAAGUCGUCAUUUAGGCGGUGUGGCCUUGUUUGACAUCACCUAUGAUGAUACACAUGGUCGUUGUGGUGAAGAUACUUUUCCCAUUUUAAGAUCAAUUGUUAUGAAGUUGUUGCAGUAAUUUUAUAUUUUAGCAUGAUUACGAGAGAAUUAAGUAUAAAAACAUUUUACACUUUAAAUCUGUAGUGAUCUUCUAAAUUUAUAAAAUCUUGGACGCGUCUUUUGUUUUAGUGUGUGCUACAUACGUCCUUAUAAUAUACACAGCCUAAUAAUGAAAAAUAACUUACUUUUAACUCUGAUGAUAUUAAUAAAAUAAAGUUUAAACUAACAAAACAACA